AAACCAAACAACCCUAAUAAAAAAAACCUUCACGCGCCGUGGCUUCUUUCUCUUCCUCUCACUUCGUCGCGCCUCCUUCAUUUUCUCAUUUCUCUCCUCUCCUCUCAAAACUACUCGUCGCUCAUCCGCCGAUUGAUUCCUCGUAGUCUCUCUCUCAGGUUCGAUAGGAUCAUAGCCUGAGGAAUCUAUUGGUGGGGAUAAAUUAAUGGGAACACCAGAGACAUCUCGAGAGCCAUGCCCUGACCGUAUCCUUGAUGAUAUCGGUGGUGCUUUUGGUAUGGGAGCUGUUGGAGGAUCUGCUUUUCAUUUCAUUAAAGGGUCUUACAACUCUCCCAAAGGUAGUCGCUUUGUUGGAGGAACACAAUCAGUGAGCAUGAAUGCUCCUCGUACUGGAGGCAGUUUUGCUGUUUGGGGAGGUUUGUUCUCCACAUUUGAUUGCUCCAUGGUCUACUUAAGGCAGAAGGAGGAUCCUUGGAACUCCAUCAUUGCUGGUGCUGCAACUGGAGGGUUUCUGUCCAUGCGACAAGGGUUGGGCGCUGCUUCUAGAUCAGCUGUUUUUGGAGGUGUUUUGCUUGCUUUGAUUGAAGGAGCUGGUAUCAUGUUGAACAAGCUACUCUCUCAGCCUCAGCAUAUGAUGAUGGAGGAGCCUGUCCCUGGCAUGCCUCCUGGUAUGCCCGGAAUGCAAGGAGUGCCUGGAAUGCAAGGAAUGCAAGGAAUGCCUGGAAUGCAAGGAAGGGCUGGAAUGCAAAUGGGGCAGAUGCAGAAUCAAGCACAGAUGAUGUCAGAGAGUCAAAACCAGAAUACAGCUUCGUCAUCAUCAUCAUCAUCAUGGUUUGGAGGUCUUUUUGGUAAGAAAAAUGAGGAGGUGCAACCAGGCAGCGGAAGUAAAACAGAGGUGUUAGAGAGUUUUGAUGCUCCUCCAGUGCCAUCAUUUGAGUACAAGUAAGCUUGUGGACAUCUCUCUGUCAUCCAAUGGUUUGCCUGCUGCCUCAACAAUCAGUUCCGUUUUAUCGUUUUUUUGUCUGUCCUCGUGCUCUGCUGAAUUCUUCUUGUUCAUGGAAGAAUCAGCAUACUAUGUCCUCUAUCCUUUCGCUAAUGGUUAUGUUUUAAUGAGUUUAUGUACUCAAUCUAGGAAUAUUUAUCGUUGUGAAACCAUGCCACAGAUAUUGUUGGUUCUUAAAUAAUGUAGUUUUAGAUUCCCUGGUGGGAAUGUGUUUUGAGUAGUGAACAUGAAUCCCUUGAGAGCUUCAA